CACUUGCCAUUUCAUAGUAUUGUGUUCGUGCUGAUAUCAUGUCCGCCAUGUUUGUUCUCCCCUCUUUUCGUCCUACAAAGUUAUGAUUUUCAGCGAUGCCGAAGGAAAAGCAUGAAAAUAACGGAUACCGGAGGAACUAUGCUAUUAUGAGCUCUGAAGAUGUGGCGGCGGGAAAGAAAUCGCAUUGGACUGAACUCGAAAUUACGGCUCCAAUCCGUAAUUUGAGCCCGAGCUUGUGGCAGCUGGAGUUUCUUACUGCAUUAUUUUUGAGCGACAAUCAUCUCACUAGAAUUCCCCCUGAUAUUGCUAAGCUUACAAACCUAAGACAUUUAGAUGUUUCGUCCAACAAACUGCGAAGUUUGCCCGCAGAAAUUGGAGAUAUGGUCACAUUACGUGAGCUCCUUCUAAGCAAUAAUGGCCUCCGAAAUUUGCCCAACGAGCUUGGCAAACUUUUCAAGUUGCAAACCCUUGGACUCAGUGGGAAUCCCUUGCCUCAACAAAUAUUAAAUCUAUAUGCAGAGGUUAAUGGAACUUCUAAGUUGCUAACCUAUAUGUUGGAUCAUUUAGAAGUGUGUGAAAGACCACCAGAGCGCCAAUGGAUUACUCUUACCUCAGACAAUCACAGACAGUCAAAUGGAAGUUUUAGUGUUAUGAGCUUCAAUGUUCUGUGUGACAAGUACUGUACCAAACAGUUGUAUGGAUACUGUCCUUCCUGGGCUCUUGACUGGGAGUACAGAAAAGUGUCUAUCAUGAAAGAAAUCUUACGUUAUGGAGCAGAUAUUGUCAGCUUGCAGGAAGUAGGAACAGAAGUGUUUUACCACUUUUUCUUACCGGAGCUGCAACAGAAUGGAUAUCAUGGGAUUUUUAGUGCAAAGUCAAGAGCAAGAACAAUGUCUGAAGAUGAAAGAAAACAUGUAGAUGGAUGUGCUAUAUUCUUUAGAACGUCUAAGUUUUCCUUGGUGAAAGAAUAUCUGACGGAGUUUAACCAGCUUGCGAUGGCCAAUGCCCAAGGAUCUGAUGAUAUGUUAAACAGAGUGAUGACAAAAGAUAAUAUAGGUAUUGCGGCAUUGCUGGAGCUUAAAGAGUCAGCUUAUACRGGUUAUGACGGAGGUCAGCAGAUCCUGGUAUCCAAUGCACACAUCCACUGGGAUCCUGAAUUCCGAGAUGUGAAGUUGAUUCAGACCGUUAUGUUGAUGAAUGAAUUAACAAACAUCUUGAAGGAAGCUGUUCCUGGAUAUCACCCACAUGGAGGCAAGAAUGGUACAACAAUAUCAAGGCCCAUCCCAGUCGUGUUAUGUGGUGACUUCAACUCACUCCCAGACAGCGGCGUAAUCGAGUUCCUGGACCAUGGAAGACUGCCCAUAGACCACUCAGAUUUCCUGGAAAUGCAGUACGAAGGGUUUUUGUCAAGGUUAAGUAAUGGCAACAGUAAGAAUGGUGAGAAGUGUGCGGAGCUUGCACAUGGUCUAAAGUUAAAGAAGACAUAUGAUGGUGAACAUCRAAUGCCUUACACUAAUCUAACAUAUGAUUUUAAAGGGGUUAUUGAUUAUGUAUAUUACACUAGCGACACCCUUUCACCUUUAGGGUUACUCCUAUCAGUAGAUCCAGAGUAUAUCAAGGCAAAUAAGGUAUUAGGUUGGCCACACCCGCACUUUCCCUCCGACCAUCAAUCUUUAUUAGUGGAGUUUGAAGUAUUUAGCACAGUUCCAAGGUUUGGGUUUUUGCAAAAUAGUAACAGCCUCCCAAGGUAGCCAUAUAUAUGUCUGUGGCUGCACAGAAGAAACUGUAAAUUUGUAAUUAUAGUGUGUAAAAUAGGCAACUUCAGCCCAAAUUUUAAGAAGUCUCCAACAUUCGACCCUCAACUAUUUUGAUCUUGCACGCAAAUAGCCAGAGGGGUUUGUCCAUCUCAUUUUACUAACCUACGAUCGUUAUUACCAUUAUUAUUAGUCCUUUGCAUGUGUCAGGUUUUGCCUUGGUCCUAUAAGUCUGGCUCCCUGCAUGCAUAAGUCUUAUCUUAUUCUCCAUAGGAUUGAAGUUGGGGUUCCUGCUAUCUACCUUCCCCCCUGUAGGUUCAAUGACAGUUUGGGGGGUUUGAGGUUGGUUUGUGGAGAAAUAGAUAUGACCCCUGCAUGCAAGAUUUAAGUCCAGCCAAAGGUUGUAGAAAAUGUAGGGAAAUUUAUAGUCAAAUUUGCAUCUUUUUUAAGCUUUUCAGAAUGGCUUUUCGUCGUGUUUCUACCAUUAUUAGUAUUUUUCUGUCUUUACAAAUUUUGUAAUUUUUUUUUCUAAAUAAGUGUGAAAAUUAAGGUUUGACAAAUUCGUAAUUUUAAUGUUUUUUUUUUAUCCAAUAGAACUGGAUAAAACAAUAGUGGCAUUUUCCAUUAAUGUGUUUGUUUGCAUUUUAGAUAUAUUAGCAUCAGUCAGUCUUAAUGCUUAUAUGAAAACUGGAUCCACAAAUCAAAACCAUUUUUUUC